AUGAGUUCCAACACGUACAAAGGCGGUCUAGCCGUUGGCGGUUCCGCUCUCGACAAGUCCAAGUUGCAGCUGCGUCGUCCCACCCCAGACAGUGAUGUCUUGGCAUCCAGUGACGAUGACCGCGAGCACGUGGCUCCCGUUGUUCGUCAGGCGUACCCUGGCGUCCGACGCCCCUCUUCUGGUUGGCUUCAAGACAUCCAACCGAACCGCAAGUUCUCGCUGCCCUCGGUGUCGUUUGCCGGGUCGCAGCCGACGACGCCGUCGCUCGAGCUGCCGCAGCAAACACGUCCCAGCACCUCUGCAUUUCCCUGGAACACGCCUAGCUUCACUUCGAGUUCCAACAGCCGCUUGAAGGAAGUCGCCCCAUCGCCUACCUCUGCAUACCCACCCAGUGACAAACCCCUUCCCUCUCCCACCAUGCUCGAGGGCGACGACGGCAUUGGCUUCCUUCUCAACCAGCAGGUCCCAAACCCAUUCCGCAAAGCCGUCCGCUCGCAAUCCUACAGCAUAGGACAGGGCGACAUUGAGCACAGUCCCGUCAGCCGCUUCUCGCGCCAGCCGACUGGUGUCAAUCUGCGCCAUCGGCCUUCCAAGCCAAGCCUUCUAGGUGAGCCUGCCGUCGGUCUUUCUCAGCUGCGCGAAGACGACGUCGAUGAUAUUGAGUCGUCCAACGGAUCAGAACACGGAGUGCGCCUGCCUGCUGGAUACUGGGAGCGCGAGCAGAAGCAAGCUUUGUUGAAGCAAGCUGCCAUGGAGAAUGCGCGCGCCCGCAACCGAGCUACCUCGACUGGCUCGCCGGUUUCACAGCUCCAACAGCAGCGCCGCAAGACUACUGCUGGCCUGCGCAACAGCUCAUACAACAACGCCGCCGAGUAUGCCAUUGAGGAGCUCGACGACAGCGACCCAUCUCUGAACAUUCCCACACCAGGACUGACUCGGCGAUUCAGCGAGCACGUUUCUGUCCUCAAACGCGACCACGAGGUUGAGAUUGUCGACAGCCCACAGAAGCCGCAGUGGACGACGGGCAACAUUUCUCCUGCAGAAAUGGACCCUCUUGGUCGUCGCCACUCGUUCGCACACUACGGGAGCUACAAUUCCACCAUGCCACUCUCGACGCUGAGCAACACGCAGGAAGAGGAAGAAGAGUACAUGUCGCCCCGACAGACUUCUCCCAACGAGGACAACGAGCCGUUUGAUGCCGCAGCCUACUUCACUGGUUACGGCCCUGCAUCUCGUGCCAUCAAUUCGUCUGCCAUCUCCGCAGCUCACCCAGACCCGAUUGUGCCCAACACUGCAAUGUCCGCCAGCAACCCUUACGCCGUGCCUCCUGUCCUCGGACGGCCUACUCGCCGCUUGUUUGUCGUCACAUUCAAGUGCUCUCGAGCCGACAUCUAUUACCUCUACGAAAACACUGGUCUUGAGAUCCGCCGUGGUGACCUUGUCAUUGUCGAGGGCGACCGUGGCUGCGAUCUUGGGCAAGUCACCCAUGCCGAUGUGACAAUGGAGGAAGCCAAGAAGUUCAAGGCCGAGGCAAACGACGAGCAUUUCCGUUGGCUCGUCAUGUUCUCCCAGUACUCUCUGGCUGGCACCCAAAACGACUCUGGAAUGCUGGGUGCUCUCGCGCGUGCCAACGGAUUCCCGAACCCCAUGAGCCGUACGGGAAUGGCAGGCCAGCAGGAAGCUGAGACUUUGAAGCCAAAGAUGAUCAAGCGCCUCGCUCAGCAGCAUGAGAUUAUGGGACUGCGUGAGAAGGAGGGCGGAGAGGCAAAGGCCAAGCGCCUGGGCGCACAGAAGGCUGCUGACCACAAGUUGCCUAUGGAGAUCUUGGAUGCCGAGUACCAAGCCGAUUACCACAAGCUCACCUACUUCUACUAUGCCGAGUCCUAUGUCAACUUCAACGAGCUCGUUACCGACUUGUUCAAGCAGUACAAGGUCCGCAUUUGGAUGUCGGCUGUCAAUCCGGCAUCUGUCGUCAAUCCGGCAGGCAUGUCUCAAAUUCCGCCACCCUCAGCCAUCGGGCCCGGAGCGAUCCUCACCUCCAACACCAACGCGCCCCUCUCUGUCGGCCCUGGCUUCGGCUCCAACACCAACCGCCCUGCUCAGCAGUACAGCCAAGGUCGCAACCAUGGCGGAUAUGGAAACUACGAGGAGGGCUUCCACGCCUUUUCACACCAGAUUCCCGCCUAUCCUACACAGGCUCAGUACGGCAUGCAGCCAUGGACCCAUGGUCAGCAGAUGGCACCUCACAUGUACCGGAACUACUACCCCAAUGUGAGUGCGAGUGGCAGUCCGAUGAACUAUGCAGCUGCUGGCUACUAUCCGCCCACCUCGUUUCCUUCGUCGUAUGGUGGAAGUUAUGGACCAAGCACAACCACGGCUGGAUACACUGCCCCGCGCAACUACACCUCAAACGCCGGCCCCAAUUUCAAUAGCCACGCAUCCACAUCCUAUGGCGGCAAUGCUCCCUAUACCUCGGCGCCUGGCCAAUCCAACGGUAGUGCCUACUAUGGUACCUCUGCAGGUCAACCCAACGGCACCUCGGGCACUUAUGCCGGUAGUGGUGCUCACACGGCCACCAGUGCAGCUCAUCCCAGCGCCAACUAUGACGCCGGCUUGAUGAAUGCCAUGCAAAGCAUGUCUCUUGGCAACCAGGCAAACUGA